CGGAGUCCAGCAGGGUCGCGCUGGGUGACGUAACAGCACACGUGACUGUGGCGCUGUUUUGGGGAAAACUGGAGGCACGUUGUGGGGAAUGUGAUUGCUACCUAAAACGACGAUGAAUCUCGCGGCGCCUUUGCAGCCGCAGUCUCCUGCUGUCGCCAUGCAAAAGAACAUCCACGUCCUCGUGGGGGUGACCGGAAGCGUGGCUGCCUUAAAACUGCCGCUUCUCGUAACGGAGCUUCUGAAGAUCCCCAGACUGUGGAAAGGGCGCACGGACCCUGUCCUGCACAUUGACCUGAGGCGCUGGGCGGACCUCAUGGUGGUGGCCCCUCUGGACGCAAACACCCUGGCCAAGAUCGCCAACGGCAUCUGCGACAACUUGCUGACCUGCGUUGUUCGUGCCUGGGAUCUCAGCAAGCCACUGCUGUUCUGUCCCGCCAUGAACACAGCCAUGUGGGAGCACCCAAUCACAGCGCGGCAAAUCGAGCAGCUCGUGAGCUUCGGCUACACAGAGAUCCCUUGCAUCGUGAAGAAACUGGUUUGCGGAGAUGAAGGUCAGUUAUGUUGGCUGUUGCCUCCCUAA